UUCUCUGUGUUCUCUAAUGAUUUUCUCCCUGCAGGGGAGGAAGGCUCCCGGGCGCUCAGGGAGUCGAUCUAGCAACAUCUCCAAGGCCAGCAAUUCUACAACAGGACUCACCACAGCUUCAAGAACAUCAAUCACCCCGUCUGCUCAGGACAUAUGCAGCCCUGGCCAGCUGACCCGCUUAGAGGAGGAUACUUCUGAAUCCCACAAACACAGCAAGCACACACACGUUGCUGUGAUGACCGUCAACAGCACAACUCUGGGCUCGUCAGCUCAGGCCCAGAAGAAGCAGGUGAAGCGUCGUCACCGCCGCAAGAGGAACAGCUGCGCCACCCUCGACUGCGUGGAAACCAACAGCAAACAGGAGCAGACUGACCGCAGCCUCAGCUCUGACCGCAGUGAGAAGGGGGAGAAGAGGGAGCGGCCUUCCAAGAACCGGAGAGAGCUUCCCCCUCGCCUCCGCUGCUCAGGGGCCAUCGAGUCAGACUCCACCUCAGACGAUGAGGCGUGGCGCGAAGCCCGCAGCUGGAGCAAAGAGAAAGCUCGAAGAGUGCGGCGCCGCAGUGGAAGCAGCCGAGAGAGGGAUGGAGCGAACAAAGCAGAGGUCAUGGAGCUGCAGUCGGUGGGCUCAAAUGAAGGGAAGGAGAACCAGGCUCUGGUGGAGGACAGCGGAGGCCUUAAAAAGCGGCACAGCAGCAGGUCCUCGAUGAAGAGAGACGGCCACAUUUCACAAAGGGAAGGCUCACAUGGCAGAGAUAAGAAAUGCAAGUCACGCAACGCAGGAGAUAGCUCCUCAUUGGCAGAGGACGGCGAGGAGCUCAUCACCAAGAGAUACCAGGAAAAGGGGUCAGGGGGUGGGGACAUGUCAGUGCCAACACCACAAAAACACUGCCGUGUGAAUGGAGGCACAGCGCAGCCCUGCUCUGAUGACUCUGAGCUGGAGGUCUGCAGGAUCUGCCACUGUGAGGGGGAUGACGAGUGCCCGUUGAUAAUGCCUUGUCGCUGCACGGGGAGCCUGAGUUUCGUCCACCAGGCAUGUCUCAACCAGUGGAUCAAAUCCUCAGACACUCGCUGCUGUGAACUCUGCAAGUUUGACUUCAUCAUGGAGACGACACUCAAACCUUUACGCAAGUGGGAGAAGCUACACAUGUCCAAGAGUGAGAGGAGGAAGAUUUCCUGUUCAGUGUUGUUUCAUCUGAUAGCAAUAGUUUGUAUGUUGUGGUCAGUCUACGUUCUGGUGAAAAGAACCGCGGAAGAGAUCAGACUUGGGAAGAACGAGGAAUUAUGGAGAGUUUCUCUUCUGAAGUACUAUUCGCAAGACGGUAAGCACAGCUCUGCACACACCUCUGAUCAUGAACCAUCACACAUCCUGCAGGUCGAUUUUCAGCCGCAAUGUGUUUGUGUGUGUGCAUCCUCAGAAGUGCUGGAGUGGCCCUUCUGGACCAAGCUGAUUGUGGUGGCCAUAGGCUUCAUAGGUGGUCUCAUCUUCAUGUACAUCCAGUGUAAAGUGUACCUGCAGCUGUGGCGCCGCCUCAAGGCCUUCAACCGCAUCAUCACUGUGCAGAACUGCCCAGAGAAAGGCGUGCACAACUCUCAGUCCUGGCCCAGCGCCCUGACCAACGGCAGGCAAGAAACAGUGGAGGUCCCAGUCAGCCCGGCCCCCGUCCCGGCUCCAGGGGCACAGAUGGAUUCAGACGUGUCAGUCGAGGCUGCGGUGGCCCCGGCACAAAACCCCAACUGAAAAAUUCUUCUCCUGCUCAGAAAGAGUCCUGAAUCACACCCUGCUCAUCAAUCGCCACAAGCUGGUGUAGCAUGGUGGGAUCUAGACUCGUACAGUGUUUUAGUGUUGUUCAUCUCAGCUCCUGUGAUUACUAAUCUUGAGUCAUAAUGGACAGACUUAAAGUCCUUCAGUGAUCAACGACAAAUGAACUGCAAUGAUGCAAAUGUGCAAAGUAAAGACUAAUGUGGCAAGUCAGAAAUAGAGAAGAGGAGGUGAGGUGAAGUAAAGGAAAACAAAGCCAUCGGGAGCAGAAGUUUGUAAAGACUGCAGUUGUGUUGUAAAUUGACAGUUUUAUUCCUGUAUGCACUUUCUCAAACUGCACUGACACGAGUUAAGGGUGUGAACACCCCGUGGAUGCUAUUAAAGUUCUCAGUAUGCUU